AUGAGUGCCGGCGGGGAUCGCCCUCCCAAGGCCUUCUCUUGUACCAGGUGUUUCGAGCGCAAGGUCAAGUGCGACAAGCAGAGUCCAUGCUCCAACUGUCUCAAAGCCAACGGCGAAUGUGUGUUUCGCGUGCCUCCGGCCCCGCGUCGGCGCAAGAAGCGUUCUGCAGAGGAAACGCUGGUUGCUCGACUGAAGAAAUGCGAAGAGCUCCUCCAUUCCAUGGGGGUCGACGUCGACGGCAGCACCACCCCGACAAUCACACCGGCUGCUACCACCACGGAUCCCCCUGACAGCGCCUCACAACCCAGCGCAGAGUCCUCUAGCUCGCUACGUCAAUACUUCUCCACCUCAUGCUCCAAAACCGGCCAGCUGAUCGUCGACCAUGGUAAAUCGCGAUUCAUCGACAACAAUCUAUGGACAAGUGUUUCUACCGAGGUCCUCCCGAAAGAAGCUAUCGCCGAGUAUUCCGAGGACGAGGACGAGGCUGGCUCUCCUGUCGAAGAGACAUCCGGGUUUUUGCUCGGCUACACCCCAUCCAGCACGUCGAUCCAACAACUUCAUCCCCCGCCGGACCAAAUCGUCUCCCUGUGGCAGAUCUUUCUAGACAACAUGAACCCCAUGACCAAAUUUAUACACCAGCCCACUUUCCAGGAAACCCUCCUUCAAGCCACCACCCACCUGGACGCCCUGCCAAGGGGCCUAGAGGCCCUCCUGUUCUCCAUAUACAAUGCUGCUGUCUUCACCAUGGAGGACAACGAAUGCGAAAUCAAGUUCGGCGAAAGUCGAAAGACGCUCCUCACGAGAUAUCGACAUGCCACGCGGAAAGCGCUGGCCCGGGCCAGGUUCAUGGGGACGUCGGACAUCAGGGUGCUGCAGGCGUUUGUGCUCUACCUACUGUCGAUGCGUGAAGUGUACGAUUCUAGGACGACGUGGACGCUGGCCGGCGUGGCCAGCCGGGUGGCACAAGGAUUGGGCCUUCAUCGUGACGGCACCAAUCUGGGGGUGUCGCCAUUUGAAACAGAGAUGCGGCGACGUCUGUGGUGGCAGAUUGCCGUGCUGGAUUUCCGGUCGGCGGAACUCAGCGGGUCUGGGAGAUUCGGCGACUUCGGCCUCUCCGACACACAACCGCCCAGCAACGUCAACGACAGUGACAUCUACCCAGCCAUGACCAGCCCGCCUGUGCCUCACACCAGACCGACCGAAAUGAUCGCCUGUCUCCUCCGCUGCGAAUUCGGCCAGUUCUGGAAGGAGAAGAUGUCGAAGAAAACCAACAUAGCGUUCGAAAACCUCCGGCUGGCCUCGCCCUGGUCGACGUCGCUCGAAGAGCGGGACGCGAGCAUCAACGAACUCGAGCAGCGCCUGGAGGAAAAGUUCCUGAGGUACUGCGACCCGUCCAUACCCGUGCAGUUCAUGGCCAUCAUCAUCGGCCGCGCCGCGGUCAACAGCAUGAGGCUCAUGGCCCACCAUCCGCGCAAGUACCGCAACCAGGAAGAGGUGCCGGCGUCGGAGCGCGACUACAUGUUCAAGCUGUCCAUCAGCCUCCUCGAGGCCGACAACUUGGCCCACGCCUCCAAGGGCCUGCGCGGCUUCAUGUGGCACACCAACGUCUUUUUUGUGUGGCAAGCCCUCGUCUAUCUCCUCGACGAGCUGCGCACACACACCCUCGGCCCCGAGGUCGACCGCGCAUGGCGCCAGGUCGACGAGGUCUUCCACCACCAUCCCAACUACGUCACCGACCACAGGAAACCGCUGCACGUCGCCGUCGGCAGCCUGUGUCUGAAGGCCUACAGUGCAAGGGAGCGCGCCUUGCGCGAAUCCACCCACGGCCUCCAGCCCAACGCCUUAGCCGUCCCCGACUAUAUCCAGACCCUCCGGGAACAGCGCCAGAAUGCCCUCCUAGCCCCGCUUCAGCCGCCAUCUCAAGCACUGGCACACCCUGACCGGCCUACCCCCUCGGCCGGACCUACCGAGUCUGACAACAACAGCAACAACGACACACUGUACCCUAUGGCCCUGGCAGCCUCGACCGCCUCCAACCCUCAGUCUCAGUCUCAGUCCGAAUCCCAAUCCCAUCAAGCCGCCACUGCCCGACCUCAGCUUCCUCUCCCGCAGUUCCAGCCGGCACAGCUCCCGAGCCCGCCAGAUAACCUCAUGUUCGCCUCCGACCCGACCCUGGCCCAGGAUCUCGCCAUGGCUGAUAUGCCGCUGGACUGGGCUCAAUGGGAUUACAUGAUGCAGGAUUUUGAAGAGACAGGUUGA